GCGUAAGUGCCCAUUUAAUUUCAUAAAAUUUGGACAAUUAGAAAUUAUUGAAAGUUUAAAAUAAUAAAAUUAUGAACGUCGUGUGGAGAGAAAACCAUGCAAAUACGAAAAUAAUAGCUAAAUCUAAACAUGAAUUAGUAAGAAAGGACGCGGCUAUUUACUCGACUUCCUCUAAGCCUGAAUCGUCUUCAAGCAGGCCCAGAGCGAGGGUACUGGCUUCCGAUUCAGCGGUGGCUGAUACGUCGAACGAUAUGUGCACUCCUAGAAACCGACCCACUGCUCUGAGAUACAUUAGCAGUAGUAGUAGAGGUGGACAUAGUGGUGCCAGAUCAGGUAGAUCUACUAGUACAUCAGCUAUAGAUGCCAGUGUUAUUUUAGCUAUUUCCGAGGGCAGGGGAAUGGCCCGUGGAGAGAUUGGCAUGGCUGCGGUUGAUCUAAGGCAUCCACAUCUAGUUCUAUGCCAGUUUAGCGACACAUUGCUGUACACACACACGUUAACAAAAAUCAACUAUUUUAAUCCCAUCGAGAUUAUAGUCCCACACACGUUUUGCGAGGGAGUGAAACCAAGCCAACUGUAUCAAUUGAUAAAGGAACGAUUCCCUUUAGUGAACUUAACUACAGUACAACGACGGCAUUUCAAUGAUGCUGCUGGCCGUCAGAAUAUUCAGACUCUUUGCGCUCCACAAUACAGCGCUGUGUAUCUCCAAGUACUACACAAAUUUUACGCAUUGACUGCGGCUGCAGCUGUACUUAAAUAUGUAGAGCAUAUACAAUGUUUAGUUUUUGCGCGCGAAUCCUUGAAGAUCGAAUACCAUUCGUCGGAAAAUACAAUGAUUAUUGAUAUAGGAACAGCUACACAAUUAGAAUUAGUCCAGCCACUAAUACCAUCUGCGGGACCCACGUGCUGUCUCUUAGGUAUCUUGGGACCAACUUAUACUAUUGGAGGAAUAAGGGCUCUGAGGGCAACUAUUUUACAACCAUCGUGUAACAAAGAAAUUAUAGAGGCCAGGCUUGAUGCUAUAGAGGAUUUGAUAAACAAUGAUUCUGGAUUAAUGAUAGAUUUACAGGAUGUAAUAAAGAAAUUGACGGAUAUUGACAAAAUUCUUCUUCUUUGCGUCGAAAAUACUAAUCCGAACUUAGAUAAAUUAGGCGAAGCACAACUUAACCAAGUGUUACUGCUGAAAACUACUAUGGAAAUGGUUCCAAAACUUGUUGAAUCGCUAAAUACCGCAGAGAGUGGGAGAUUGAGGAAAAUUAAAAUGGAUUUUGAAAACCCAAAUUACAAAGAGAUAUCAGAGCGCAUAAAGAACAUCAUUCAAGAUGAUGCACACUUAGAAAAAGGAGCUAUGGGCAGCUUGCAAAGAUGUUUCGCAGUAAAACCAGAUAUAAAUGGCCUUCUAGACGUAGCUCGAAGAACUUAUUCAGAACUCAUAGAAGACAUACAAAAAAUAGUAGAGCAACUAAGUGAAACGUAUGAUUUGCCUAUACGACUUAAUCAAAAUGUUAUGAAGGGAUUUCAUAUAGUUUUAUCUUUGGGACCUAAGAACAGGCAAAAAUUUUGUGUUGAAGAUUUGCCGCCCAUAUUUAUACAGGUUCACAACAACGGCGCAAGCGUAUCAAUGACAACAGAAGAACUUGUAGUGCUCGAUCAUCAAGCUAAGGAAUCUCUUAAUGAAAUACAAAAAAUGAGUAACAUUGUUAUUUCUACUUUACUCAAAGAAUUACGUCCCUUUAUGGCAAGUUUGUAUACACUGUGCGAAGAUGUUGCUGAAUUGGAUAUUUUGUUGGCGUUAACACAGGCUAGUAGCAUAGGAUCCUACGUACGUCCUGAAUUCAACACUUAUCUAGAAAUACGGAACAGUGUGCAUCCCUUGUUAGACUACAACAGUCAAGUUCUGCCGAUUCCAAAUGAUAUAUUUGCAAGUCCUGAACACAAUUUCACAAUAAUAACUGGACCAAAUAUGGGUGGCAAAAGUAUUUACAUAAAACAAAUUGCUAUCAUGCAAGUUAUGGCGCAGUUGGGUUGCUUUCUGCCAGCAACGAACUGUGUUUUACGCCUAUGCGAUAGGCUGUUCUCGAGAAUUGGAUUUAAUGAUAGCGUUGAAUUGAACGCCUCUACUUUCGUUUUGGAGAUGAAAGAAAUUCAACAUAUAUUGAAGAGCUUGACUCCAACGAGUUUGGUAAUCAUUGAUGAACUCUGCAGAGGAACAUCUUGUGAAGAAGGCACUAGCAUAGCAUGGGCAAUCUGCGAAGAACUAAUGAUGAGCAAUGCAUUCACAUUUUUCACUACUCAUUUUAUGUACCUUACGCGAUUACAAGAAUUGUAUUACAAUGUUGUCAAUAAACAUACAGCAGUCAUAGAAGAAAUAGUAUCAGAAGGCGAUAAUACAAAUAAACGAUUGGUGUAUACUCAUAAGGUAGAACUAGGAGUUACAAAGCUUGAACGCUAUGGAUUAGCUUUAGCUGCAAAAACAAAUUUACCAGACGCUACAGUUCAACUUGCUAAUGAACUUGCUGAUUUAAUUGUCAGUAAUAGAGCAUACGAAGUAAUAUCUACACAAAAAAGGAACGAAGAACUUCUUUAUAAUCUAAAUGCUAACAUUAGACAUGAAACUCGAAAAAAUACAGAUUCUAGCGUAAUUAUAGAGCGAAUACUUCAAAAAUUUACUGAAGAAAAUCCCGGAUUGAUCGAAAAACUAAAAACCCAAAUAAAUAGUACAAUAUUUCAAACUGAUUCCAGUGCUAAAUGCUCAUCUGCACACACGUCAAAACAGCAAAUUAGUGCAGAAUAUAGCAAACUUUCACCUCUAAACACUAAUAACAAUAAUAUAAAAUUUCUUGAAAUCCAAAAUAUCCAUCACAAACCGGAUAAUGAAAUAGGCAUAAGAUCUUCUAAUGAACUAAUUACUAGUAUGAUAAAUAACAAUCCUAGUUGCAGUGAUGUACAUAAAUUGCAAUACGAUCUAGAAAUGACAGCAGUCCAUAAUAAUACGCCAAUUGAGGGAAUGGCUUCUUUUGGUGACAAUGUUAUCUUAGAAAAUUUCAAUAAUGUAGAACAUAACGGGUCAGAAAAUCUUAUGAACAAUAACAGCAUUGAAACCAACCAUGGCAAUUAUGAUAAAAACGUAAACGAAGAGGAAAUGGAAAUGUCCACAGAUAGUAAAACCAAUGAAAUUGAUUCUUCUGAUGAGAGUGAUGUUGGUGAAGCUCUUACUCAACUAAUAGAUGAAUGCUCCGCUGUAGACAUGGAGGGACCUCUAGAUAGAAGCAACGACAUGUCGGUGGAUGAAGAACUAAUGUUAGAGACAGUUGACGAAAUUAAUGAAGAAUUGAAUAAUAAACUCGAUAUUGAGAAUAUAGUACUGACACCGCCAAUAGAUUUCCGCGACAUAUAAAAACUACUUAAAAAGUAAAGUAUCAAAUAAAGCAAUAUCACCACAGCCACAUUUGUUUUACUUAAUGUAGAUAUAGAGUCAAAGUUACGGUCUUAAAAACGUAAUAAGGCAGUAACUCAGGAUUUCACGACCAUUUACAAAAGCUCAGCGGGCCGCAGGUUUGAACCACAGCCCUCUACGUUGCAAUUUGUCGUCAGAUGGCGUUGAAGUCACAUAAAAUUACAUUU